AUGACUAUUUUGAAAAUGACCGUCGGGAAGUUGUUAUCCAUACUGCCGAGAACAAACAGCUAUCGACAUAGUAAAGUCCAAUAACGUUAUCAUUUACCACUCAUCGUAUUAUUGUUAUCUUAUAGUGAUAGUUCCCAUGAAACGUUCAUAUAUAUGGUUACGUUAUCUGCCAGAUUUCAAUGAGCGGACUCUUGCCGAUCGUUAAGACCCAGCGUUAGCUAGCUAGUUAGCAGCAUUUUUUUUAAACGUGCUUCAGUGGGUGCUAGGUGUACCCAACGUUACCUUGGUUAGAGGAAAACAAACCAGCCAGUCUUCUCUACAUUUGAGAAAGACUUCAUCUUCGACAUGAUCCUGUCUCGUAUAAAGCCGGCUGUUGGAGGAGAGGCACAAUCGACUGUCAGUGACAAGAAGAAGAAGAGCAAGACAAAGAAGAUCCCCCGCCUGGAGGAAUACCUGCAACAGAGAGACUACCUUGGAGCCUUGACACUGUUGGAGUUCCAGAGAGACACUGGAGAGAGAGAGGAGCAUGCAGACCUCUGGAUUGGCUACUGUGCCUUUCACUUGGGGGAUUACAAGAGAGCCAUGGAGGAGUACAAGUCCCUGACCAUGCAGGCGGACUGUCCUGCAGAGGUCUGGGUCUAUCUGGCCUGCACCUUGUUUUUCCUGGGACUCUACAAAGAGGCGGAGGAGGCUGCAUCUAAGGCUCCAGUGUCCCCCCUCCAGAAUCGUCUCCUCUUCCACUUGGCCCACAAGUUCAACGAUGAGAAGAAGCUAAUGGGUUUCCACCAGAACCUGGAGGACGUAACAGAGGACCAGCUGAGCCUGGCGUCUAUUCACUACAUGCGCUCCCACUACCAGGAGGCCAUCGACAUCUACAAGCGCAUCCUGCUGCAGAACAGAGACUUCCUGGCCCUGAAGGUGUACGUGGCUCUGUGUUACUACAAGCUGGACUACUACGAUGUGUCCCAGGAGGUGUUGGCCGUCUACCUGCAGAGCAUCCCCGACUCCACCAUCGCCCUCAACCUCAAGGCCUGCAACCACUUCAGGCUCUACAACGGCAAGGCAGCUGAGGCGGAGCUGAAGAACCUCAUCGACAUCUCCUCCUGCUCCUUUGAGUUUGCUAAGGAGCUUAUCCGACACAACCUGGUGGUGUUUCGUGGUGGGGAGGGGGCGCUGCAGGUACUGCCUCCUCUGAUCGAUGUGAUCCCAGAGGCCAGACUCAACCUGGUCAUCUACUAUCUCAGACAAGAUGAUGUCCAAGAGGCUUACAACCUCAUCAAAGACCUGGUGCCCACCACACCUCAGGAAUAUAUUUUGAAAGGAGUCGUGAAUGCCGCGUUGGGACAAGAAAUUUGCUCAAGGGAUCACCUGAAAAUUGCUCAACAGUUCUUCCAGCUGGUCGGAGGCUCGGCUAGUGAAUGCGACACAAUCCCCGGCAGACAGUGCAUGGCCUCCUGCUUCUUCCUCUUGAGACAGUUUGAAGAUGUGCUGAUAUAUCUCAACUCAGUCAAGAGUUAUUUCUAUAACGACGAUACAUUCAAUUUCAACUAUGCCCAGGCUAAAGCGGCUCUUGGCAACUACAAAGAGGCAGAGGAGGUUUUCCUGCUGAUCCAGAGUGAAAAGAUCAAGAGUGACUAUGUUUACCUGAGCUGGCUGGCACGCUGCUAUAUAAUGAACCAGAAGGGCCGGCUUGCCUGGGAGCUCUAUCUGAAGAUGGGCACCUCCGCUGAUUCUUUCAGCUUGCUGCAGCUCAUUGCCAACGACUGCUACAAGAUGGGCCAGUUCUACUAUGCAGCCAAGGCGUUUGAUGCACUGGAGAAACUGGAUCCAGGCUCAAACUACUGGGAAGGCAAGCGAGGGGCCUGUGUCGGUGUUUUCCAGCUCAUACUGGCGGGCAGGGAGUCCAAGGAAACACUUCGGGAGGUGGUGCCUCUGCUGCGAAAUUCAGGAAACCCCCAGGUCGAAUACAUCAUCAGAGCCCUGAGGAAGUGGGCCAAGGCCAACAGAGUUCCUCUCUCAUAAUCACCGCUGCUUUUGACCCGUAGCUUACCGCACAUCAAGAUUAUAUACACUACGCAUUCAUCAGCAAUUGGUUAUUUCACCUGUAUGAACUGUUUUCUGUACAGUAUCUUCUGCGUGAAUCUAUGAUGUCUAUGCCAGUUGAAGGAACUAUUUAUUACCUAUGCUCUGCGGUGAUGUUUUCUAUCGACAAGUUAUCAAUUUUGUAUCAUCUUGAAAUUAUUUGUACUGAAAACAUGAUGGGAUAUGCAUUAAAUAUUUUGUUUUUUA